CCCUCCUCACCUUUUGUCACUGUUUUUCCCUUUUCUAUGUCUGCCCUAUAACUAGGGUUUCCUCUUACUCAACUCUCACAUCUCAUACUCACCAGUUUUAUUCCCCAUCUCUCAUAUAUCUCUACUCUUUUCUUUCUUGGGCCAAUCAAACUAUAUAUUUACAUCUCCCAAGAUCCUAUGCAUACAUAUAUGUAGCAUAUCUCCUGAAUCAUCACCAUCAAAACCUAGUCAUAGGGAGUAAGAAGAUGGCUUCAUGUUCUAGCUAUUCAAAUUCACCAUGUGCUGCCUGCAAAUUCUUGAGGAGAAAAUGCCUACCAGAUUGCAUAUUUGCACCAUAUUUCCCACCAGAAGAGCCUCAAAAAUUUGCAAAUGUUCAUAAAAUAUUUGGGGCAAGUAAUGUGAGUAAGUUGCUGAAUGAAGUGCUUCCUCAUCAAAGAGAAGAUGCAGUAAAUUCUCUGGCCUAUGAGGCUGAGGCAAGAAUGAAAGAUCCUGUUUAUGGGUGUGUUGGUGCCAUUUCUGUGCUUCAAAGACAAGUUAUUAGACUCCAAAAGGAAUUAGAUGCUACCAAUGCUGAUUUGAUAAGGUUUGCUUCUAGUAAUAAUCAUCAUCAAAUGCCUCCACCACCACCAUCAUCUUCUCAAUUUGGUAGAAGAAUUGGUCAUGGUUCAGGAGUGCUUUCUAAUUAUGAUCAAAAUUCUGCUAUUUAUUAUCCUUCUCCUUGGAGUAAUGAUUCCUAUGGUGACACUCAAAGAAGAGGAGGAGGUCAUGGUAGCAUUUAGCUACCUAGGGUUUCAAUUAAUUCGGCUUAAACGUAAAUCAAAUCAUGAAUUUUAGCGUAUUUUGUUAUUACAACAUAAACUUUAAAUUUUAGUAAUGUCAAAAACGAAUUGUUUAUUUUCUGCAAUUCGGAACACCAAACGUUGUUUUGAUAAAAAUAUAUUGAGCUGGACGCCAGAACAAUAUAUAUUCUAGUGUCUAUUUUAAUAUAUUCUAUUACAAAUCAGUUGGUGCUUCGAACUGCAGAAAAUGAUAAUUUAUAUUUGAUAUUGCUAAGAUUUAAAAUUUAUUGUAAAAAACGUUACAAUUUAUGAUUUGUUUUGGGAUUAAGUUAACUUUGUUG